AUGACUUUCACUAUUGAACCUAUUGUCCCCAAACCUGAGCAAUCGGGUGUUGACUUUGGUGCCAUGAUCCAUGACCUUGACUUGGACAAGUUGACAGACGAGGAUUUCAAAAAGCUUGAAGAAGCCGUUUACACAUACCAGGUUGUUGUUGUUCGCAACCAAUCCCAUGUUUCUCCCAAGACGCAGUACGAGAUCACCAAGCGUUUUGAACCUGAAGUUGACACAUAUGGCCACGGUGGCCAACAUCGUGCUGAGCAAUCUGUUAUUGCUCGUGAUUUAUCACCCUUCCCUGAAGUACCCCAAGUCCAACUUCUUGGUCAUGGUACCGUUCGCAAUUAUCAAGGCAUUGAAGAACGCAAGUUGACCCACCCACACCACAAGGUCUUCCAUCGUGAUGUUUUAUCCCAAGAAGAUCAAGAUGCCGGCAAGACUCGUUUCUACCGAUGGCACAUGGAUGCUGCUCUCUAUAAGCUCAAUCCUCCAAAGGUCACCAGCUUGUUUGGUUUUAAGAACCCCGAACCUCGACGUGAAACAGUUGUCUAUGAUGAUGGCUCUGGUGAUACCCUCGAUGUUCAAUUGGGCACCACAGCUUUCGUCUCGGGUCAACGUAUGUUUGAACUCUUGCCACCUGAUCUCAAGGAGUUGGCUUUCCGCACCAAGGUCAAGUAUGCUGCCCAUCCCUAUCUUUGGAUGUCCAAGGCCAAAGCACGCUCCACCGGUCUUGGUAUGGUUUCAGAAGGCAAGGAACUUAAGCCUGAAGAAUUGCCUCCUGUUGAUGAAAAGGCCGUCAAGAUUUACCCCAUGCUCUGGAAGAACCCUGUCACUGGUAAAAUCCAUUUCCAAGUACAUCCUGCCGCUGUCGAGGAUUUGAUCAUUGAUGGCAAGCCCAUGGGUGAUUUGGAAAAGGUCCGUGAGUUCCUUUACAAGAUGCAACGACCUGGUAUCAACCCUGAGAAUGUCCUUGCUCACGAGUGGAAGGAUGGUGAUAUGGUCUUUUUCCAUAACCGUGGUCUUUUGCAUUCGGUUGUUGGUUGUCUUCGUGAUGAUGAUGUUCGUAUCUUCCACCAGUGCAACAUGGCAAGUGCUCAAGAUCCUAUCCCUGUCACUGAAGAAGACUUCGCUCCUUAUCGCACCCAAGCUUCUGCUGCAUAA